CCAUUCCAAAGAGGAGAGAAACAUAAGAAAACCAGAAAUAUAGAGAGAAGGAACUAAUAUCAAAAGGCUCUGAAAAUGGGUUGGUCUGAUUCGGGAGCACGAUGCAGGAAGCACACCAGACAACACAAUUCUCCUGGUGUUUGCCCUUUCUGCCUGAGAGAAAAGCUCUCUCGGCUCACCUCUUCAAACACCACCGCCGCCACGACUGCCACAUCCUCUUGCUCUUCUUCUUCUUCCAUCUCUUCUUGUUCUUCUUGCUCUGAUUCCUCUUAUUCUUCUCCUUCUCACCACCUUUCUUCCGGCGCCAACGGUCGGAUAUCUUUUCUUGUUGGACCCCAUGGUGGGUUCUUCACGAGGAGCCGAACGGUGGCUUUCACCGCACCAAACAGGGCCAGAGAUGCCGCCUUUGUCACCGAAGGGAAGAAGAAAGGAGGAUUCUGGUCUAAGCUGCUUCGACCCAGUGGCAAGACGAGGAAGGAAGUUUUCUUGCACUCGCAGACCAUGAAGAAUAUACACACUAAUUACGUGUAUACUCGCUAGUAGUUAUUGAAGAAUUUUGAUGAAUUUAUUUAUUCAUAAACAUGAUAGCUGUUUGUUGUAUAAAGAAAGAAAGAAAGAAGAGAUCCCAUAUAUAUUUAUUAGUGUGUAAUAUGUCUUUAUAGCCAUCAAAGAGAAAUGGAGCUAGAGAAUAUGGGGAAAAAAAAAUAAAUGAGAUCCAUGUUUGCUAGAAAACGUCGAUAUCAGUGAGAUGUAGAAUGAAAUGGUAUGAUUUAAAAUGCUGAAAAUUGCAAUCUAAUCAGUCGUCGAUUUUGGGAAUGAA